AUGUCUGCCCCCGAACAGGCCGAAUUCACCUUCCUGCCACUUGGCGCCGUCAUUCAAGAAUUCCGCGUCGGCGGCCACAACAUCGUGCUUGGAUUCCCCACACAGGACCAAUAUGUCAAGUACAACACCGCGCAUUACGGCGCGACUAUUGGCCGUGUGGCCAACCGUAUCAAGAACGGUGUGAUCGAUAACCUGAAUGGUGAGAAGAUCCAGUUGGCCCAGAACAACGGGCCGAAUGCCCUGCACGGUGGCCCUACGGGCUGGGGUAAGCGUGUCUUCGAUGGCCCGCAUACUGUUCAGCGCCAUGGUCGCGACGCCUUGCUGUUCAAGUACCUCUCCAAGCACGGCGAGGAGGGAUACCCGGGCACUGUCGAGGUGCGCGUGUGGUACACGGCCAGCAAGGAGGGAGAGGCAAUCACCGUGUUGACAGCCGAGUACGAGGUUGAGUUUGUUGGUGACGAAGCCGAGGAGACGGUCGUCAACAUCACAAACCACAGCUACUUCAACCUCGGUGACGGUCCCACCAUCACCGGAACAACUGCCCAACUCGCCACAGCAGACUAUCUCCCCCUGGACAACACCGGUAUUCCCACGGGACCCAUCGCCAAAUUCCCCGAGGACGUAACAAACCCCUUCGUCCUCGCCGCGACGGGCCCCCACAUCGACGACGUCUUCAUCAUGGAAACCGACUCGACCAAGAUCCCCCUGGACACGCGCAGCCUGCCCCUGCGCCGUCUCGCGCAGUUCAACCACCGCAGCACCGGCCUGCACCUGGAGGUGCACAGCACCGAGCCAGCCUUCCAGUUCUACACGGGCAAGUACAUCGAUGUCCCCUCGAUUGAUGGUCGGCCAGCGCAGACCGAGGGGUCGGGCUUCUGCGUUGAACCCAGUCGGUACGUCAAUGCGAUUAAUGAGCCUGAGUGGCGGAAUCAGGUGCUUUUGAAGAAGGGGGAGGUGUUUGGUUGUAAGACUGUGUAUAAGGCGUGGAAGGAGUGA